AUGUCGUUACGUGAUGUCAAUAUUAAAUGGGAAGACAUUGAUGAAUAUCUAAAAAGUAUUGGUUUUCUGAGAGCACGAACUUCACAUAAAUGGGCUGCAAAGUUUAUCAAAGAGGAUUAUGAAGAGCUUUUAAAUGAUUUACGUGGUGGCAAACAUACUGAUUUGUUUUUUUAUAAAUUUUCCGAGGUUGAAGCAGAUGCUAAAGCAUUCGUUGUUGCAGCAUAUUCACAAAAGUCAGAAGAUUUCAAAGCGAUAGACCUGGCUUAG